UUUCUUAGACAUGUAUGGAGUUUUUCUUAAGGCUUCUACUUUUGAUCAGUGAAACAAAAUUGCUUCACUGAAGGCACAGUUAGCUUUUAAAUGUUCCUGGUUAUAAGUGCUACAACUAAACAGGUAAUGAAUUAAUUAACUAUGUAGCUGAAAGGUUUGAUUGAAAAUAAGCAGAAGGCAGUAGACUUGUGAGGAUCCACAUCUGAGACUCCUUGUCUUUAUAGUGUUUUAUUUACUGAAACUGAUAAACAGUGUGUUGAAAAUCAGAUGGACUUGAAGUGUUCUGUUACAUUUUUUACAGGAAAUCAGGGAAUGAGCUACGCCCGUCUCUCAGAAAGCAGUGAAAAAGUAAGAGAAGGAUAUGAUCUCCCUAAUGUACGCUUGUUGGAAGUCUUAAUAAACCUGGAUAUGAACACAAUGAACCCCUACCUGAUGGUGUCAGAAGAUGGCAGAGAACUGAGGUGGACAGAGCAGCGCCAGAAUCUCCCUGACAAUCCUGAGCAGUUUGAUGAAUACCCCUGUGUGCUGGGCAACAGGUUACCAGAGAUGAGCCGUGGGUGUUACUGGGAGGUGGAGGUUGGAAACAAGAAGUCCUGGGAGCUGGGAGUGGCCCGAGACUCAGUGUGCAGGAAGGGACAACUGAGUCUGAGUCCUGGAGCUGGGUUUUGGGUCCUGAGUCUUUGGGAUGGGAAGCUGACGGCCCUGACUGACCCAGAGACCCCACUGGACACAGGUGUUCUCACAAGAGUGGGGAUCUACCUGGACUAUGAGAAGAAGAAGGUCUGCUUCUACAAUGUUGAUAAAGAUUCCAACCAAAGUGAGAAAAAACGACUCAUCUACAUUUUUGACGAGGAAAUCGACAGGACAGUCCGUCCUUUCUUCUCCCCUGGCACAAGUGAUCAGGACCCUCUGAUCAUAACUCCCAAUGCAAGAAUGGAAAUUGAAUAAUCUUCAAUACACUCCCGCAAAUGAGAUUUUAUGACAAAAUAUACGACUGUACGGGCAUGAGGCCUGGUGACUGGUGAGGAAUUUUGGAUUCCUUGGAAUAUCCUUAUUGACCCUUAGUAUAAAAGCAUGAAACAUUUCAGGAAAUCCACUGAAUUUCAUAUUUUAUGAAGUUGUGUAUGUGAAUAAUAAACUCUUGUUACAUCCUCAGAAAUUUCCAAAAACAA